AUGUCUCUCCGAAGACUCUCUGGCCGUCGCGGAUCUUAUUCCGACGUUCUACAGCUAACCAUCGGCGUUUGCAUAGAGCCUAUGGAAGGUUGUCCCAGCCACUGGAUUCUCAUGCUCACCGAUCGAGACGCCGAGUACGCAACAUGUUACCAUUCCUUGGGUGGUCCCACGAAACUCAGGCCCUGGGAAGUUGUGAUCGAAAGUGGACGACUAAAAAGCUGGGACGUCGACCACUGGUAUUACGUCGCUGAAAUCGCAGCGCGACAUGCACGAAAGGUAAAGGCUUCUGCUAGAAGAAUUCCAGGUGGAUUUUGUCAACGAUGGGUCGUUAGUGUGCUCUGGGAUCUGGAGCUGCAGGAAGUUGUUCCUCCUGGUACGACGGAGAGGAUAGCUCAAGUUGUGGAGGAGGAUCCUUAUGCUGAUGCGUCACCUGUUGUUGAGGAGCAUGAGGGUUUCCAUGACAAGAUGUUUGACUGGGUAGAGAAGCAUUGCUGGUCUAGGCUUGGGUCACCUAGACGAUAG